GCUCCCGGAAGUGGCCGGACCCGAAGCGCAAGCGGAGCGCACGUCCGUCAGCCCCUCAGUCCGCCCGUCCGCCGGCUCGGUACUCCGCGCGCCUCGGCCCUCGUCGCGGUCCCGUGGUGUCUUUGGCCCGAAGGGCGGCCGAGGCGCUCGCCAUGGCGGCGUUCAUCUCAGUACAGCUGAAAAAGACCUCAGAGGUGGACCUGGCCAAGCCGCUGGUGAAGUUCAUCCAGCAGACGUACCCGAGCGGCGGGGAGGAGCAGGCCCAGUACUGCCGCGCGGCGGAGGAGCUCAGCAAGCUGCGGCGCGCCGCGCUCGGCCGCCCGCUGGACAAGCACGAGGGCGCGCUCGAGACGCUGCUGAGAUACUAUGACCAGAUCUGUUCCAUUGAACCCAAAUUUCCAUUUUCUGAAAACCAGAUCUGCUUGACAUUUACCUGGAAGGAUGCUUUUGAUAAAGGUUCACUCUUUGGAGGAUCUGUAAAACUGGCUCUUGCAAGCUUAGGAUAUGAAAAGAGCUGUGUGUUGUUCAAUUGUGCAGCCUUAGCUAGCCAGAUUGCAGCAGAACAGAACCUGGAUAAUGAUGAAGGACUGAAAAUCGCUGCUAAACACUAUCAGUUUGCUAGUGGUGCCUUUUUACACAUUAAAGAGACCGUUUUAUCUGCCUUGAAUAGAGAGCCCACUGUGGACAUAUCUCCAGACACUGUUGGGACCCUCAGCCUUAUCAUGCUGGCCCAGGCCCAAGAAGUGUUUUUUUUAAAAGCUGCAAGAGAUAAAAUGAAAGAUGCCAUCAUAGCUAAAUUGGCUAAUCAGGCUGCAGAUUAUUUUGGUGAUGCUUUUAAACAGUGUCAAUACAAAGAUACUCUCCCCAAGUAUUUUUAUUUCCAGGAGGUGUUCCCUGUCUUGGCUGCAAAGCACUGUAUCAUGCAGGCCUAUGCUGAGUACCACCAGUCUAUCCUGGCAAAACAGCAGAAGAAAUUUGGAGAAGAGAUUGCACGGCUACAGCAUGCAGCAGAAUUGAUAAAAACAGUGGCAUCUCGCUAUGAUGAAUAUGUCAACGUGAAGGAAUUUUCUGACAAAAUCAACCGUGCCCUUACUGCAGCAAAGAAGGACAAUGACUUCAUCUAUCAUGAUCGAGUGCCAGACCUUAAAGAUCUAGACCCUAUUGGCAAAGCGACACUUGUGAAAUCUACUCCAGUCAAUGUACCCAUCAGCCAGAAAUUCACCGACCUGUUUGAGAAGAUGGUUCCUGUGUCAGUGCAACAGUCUCUGGCUGCCUAUAACCAGAGGAAAGCUGAUUUAGUCAACAGGUCAAUUGCUCAGAUGAGAGAAGCCACCACUUUGGCAAAUGGGGUGUUAGCUUCCCUUAAUCUUCCAGCAGCAAUUGAAGAUAUAUCUGGAGAUACCGUACCUCAGUCUAUAUUGACCAAGUCCACAUCUGUGAUUGAACAGGGAGGCAUCCAGACUGUUGAUCAGUUGAUCAAAGAGCUACCUGAACUUCUGCAAAGAAAUAGAGAAAUCCUCGAUGAGUCUUUAAGGUUGUUGGAUGAAGAAGAAGCGACUGACAAUGAUUUAAGGGCAAAAUUCAAGGAGCGUUGGCAAAGGACGCCAUCCAAUGAACUUUAUAAGCCUUUAAGAACAGAGGGAAACAACUUCAGAACCGUUUUGGAUAAAGCUGUGCAAGCAGAUGGACAGGUGAAAGAGCGUUACCAGGCUCACCGAGACACCAUUGCACUUCUGUGUAAGCCGGAGCCGGAGCUGAACGCCGCCAUCCCUUCUGCUAACCCGGCGAAGACAAUGCAGGGCAGUGAGGUGGUGAAUGUCUUAAAAUCCUUAUUGACAAAUCUUGAUGAAGUAAAGAAGGAAAGAGAGGGGCUGGAGAAUGACCUGAAAUCAGUGAAUUUUGACAUGACGAGCAAGUUUCUGACUGCUCUGGCUCAAGAUGGUGUGAUAAACGAAGAAGCUAUUUCUGUUACUGAACUGGAUCGAAUCUAUGGGGGUCUCACAACUAAAGUCCAGGAAUCGCUAAAGAAACAGGAAGGACUUCUUAAAAAUAUUCAGGUCUCACACCAGGAAUUUUCGAAAAUGAAACAAUCUAACAAUGAAGCCAAUUUAAGAGAAGAAGUCUUGAAGAAUCUAGCUGCUGCGUAUGACAACUUUGUUGAACUUGUGGCUAAUUUGAAGGAGGGCACAAAGUUUUACAAUGAGCUGACUGAAAUACUUGUCAGGUUCCAGAACAAAUGCAGUGAUAUAGUGUUUGCACGGAAGACAGAAAGGGAUGAACUCUUAAAGGACUUGCAGCAAAGCAUUGCCAGAGAACCUAGUGCUCCUUCAAUCCCAACACCCACAUACCAGUCCUCUCCAGCCGGGGGGCCCGCACCAGCGCCACCAACUCCAGCACCAAGAACCAUGCCGCCUGCUAAGCCCCAGCCCCCAGCCCGGCCUCCACCUCCUGUGCUGCCAGCAAAUCGGACUCCUGCUUCAGCUCCAGCUGCGGCUCUAGCUCCGGCUCCAGCUCCGGCUCCAGCUCCAGCAGGCACUGGGACCACUGUACCAGCUCCAUCGCAGACUCCCGGUUCAGCUCCCCUGCCACAGGCCCAGGGACCCCCGUACCCCACCUAUCCAGGGUAUCCCGGGUAUUGCCAAAUGCCCAUGCCCAUGGGCUACAAUCCUUACGCGUAUGGCCAGUAUAAUAUGCCGUAUCCACCAGUGUAUCACCAGAGCCCUGGGCAGGCUCCGUACCCAGGACCCCAGCAGCCUUCAUACCCCUUCCCUCAGCCCCCACAGCAGUCUUACUAUCCACAGCAGUAAUAUGUCAGCUCAGAAGCUCAGCUGGUUCAGUUCAAAGGGAAAGAAAUACCAGCCCUGCAAUAAGUGUACUAAACUCUACGCUCUGGUUACUGUAACGUCCUCUCCUGUGCUGAACACAGUGUAUAAUUUCUGUUUGCAGCUAGAAGCUGUGCCCCAGUUCCACACUUGAUUCUACUUGGGCGAUUUGCUGCUGUUGCAGUGUAAACACUAAGUAUAAUAGAAUUUGAAGUAAAUUGCAUUACAGUUCAUAAAAGCUGAAAAUGAGAAACCCACCAGUGAAACAUUUGAAAUUAUUACACUUAAGUCUACGUGAUUGGAACAUCAGAUGCUUACAACGAUGGUUUAAGUACGGAUAUACAAGAAAACUAAGUUAUCUUUCUCUUUUGGUUUAUUGAUUUGGUUUGAUUUUCCUUACGCUAUUUUGCAUAAUCAAAACAUUGUAAAUCUUUUAAUUUAAAAAUAAAUUCCUUAAGAACAGUUGUCAUUGUUAUGUUUUGUCAUUGAUUCUCAUUGCUGUCUAAUUUCUUCUUGGUACUAGUCUCAUUUUAUGUGUACAUAAGUUAAGCAGAUCCUGUGUUAAGUGCAUGAUUAAUGCAAGUUAAUAGUCAGGUUCAAUAUAUCUUAUAGGAAAACCAAAAGGAUAAUAACCAUAAUUUAUCUUUCAUAUGCUGAUUAGUAUAUUAAUUUUGACAUUUAUUUUGAAAAACCUUAUAAUGUGGAAGAAACACAGUUGCUACCAAAGAUUCUUCAAAUAUUCAAGUGAAUAUGUAUAUUUAAUGUUUUAUUAAACUUCUCCAAGAAAUCAAUACAAAUUCUGAUAAUAAUUUUUUUCUUUUUUUCAUAAUCUGGUUAAAAUAAAUACAUGUCAUUAACAGUACUGUCUAAUGUAAUGGAAUUGUUCAAAGAAAAUUGACUGUACCCUUCUGUUCCUUUUUUUCACCUUACUGUCUUAACCUAGUAACAUUGGAAUGCGCAAUGUGUAUGAAUAGAUAUGAUAAGCCCUUUCAUUUUUAUGCUCCUGAAAGAUUGGACUAUUUUAUAAUUCAGGGAGUGCACAAAACAAUUGUUGGGAGCAUAUGCCAAUUCUGGAAUAGGCUGUGUAUUUAAUACUAGUCUGUGCUGUUCGGAUAACUAAGCACUGUAUAAACCUCAGUGAGACUUGCCUGGUGGGAUGCAUAGAUGUGCAUCGUGGAAUGAGAAAGUGAGAAGGGAAUGAGUUGUCUGAUAUCCCAGUGAGGUCUGUUCUGUGUGAGGCUCAUAUCUGAACAUACCAGACAUCAUCUGAGCAGAAAUGACUGUGUUUAUGCUCACUUUCAAAGUUUUAAUGCUAACCUUUUGGUGAAUCGUUGUUUCAUUUCAGUGAUACUGUCAGUUGCUCCAUUGUUGUUUCCGUUUGACAGUUUGAGUUUAUAUUUUUAAAUGCGGGGCUGAAGGUGUGAUUGUAAAGGGAGCUAAUUGGUUUAAAAUAUAUGUAUAUUUUAAAAAAUCCUACUUUGUUGUUGUAUGUAGAAAACAUGAAGGCAUGUUACUCAGUAUAAAUGACUUUUACAUGCAAUACUGAAAUUGCUUUAAAGUUCAGUAGUUGAAACCUUGGCAAAAAUAGUUUUUUACAUAUCAUAGCUGACUUCUAUUAAUAUGGAAUCAUCAGAAUAUGACAUGGACUUGUUUGACUCUUGUGUAAAUGGCACUUAAGUUCCUCCUCCUUGUUAUUCAAGGUACCAUCACCAACAGAAGAUACUCAGUGAGAUUAGGGGUACCCCAAAUUGCUAGUUUAUAAUUCUCACCAAUGCAGGAAAAAAAACAAAAUUGGCCUGAAUAUUCUCUUGGGGACAGAAGGCACUAUUAGAAAAGAGUGCGUCAGAGGGCCAAAAGAGAAGUUAGAAGGCUGUUUAGCUCAUUUCCUGUGCUAGGCUAGGCUUGUUGUCAGAGCCCCGGGAAGAUGGUUCAGAAACUUCAGGAAAGGAGCCUCCGCAGAGCCUCGUGGCAGCCUCCCCGGCUCCCUCAGCUCUGUUAGCAAACCCAAGGCCAUUCCCUCUUGUCUGUUCCCUCAUCCUUUAGAGGAUACAGGAUGCUUUCUUUAGGUCACCUGUGUCCACAGAUGACCAAGUUUUCACAGGCCGUCAUUGGCUGGAUGUGUCUUCAUGGGGCUGUCUAGUUCCAUUAAGGUGACACAUGGAAAGGUUUUCUUUCGUCUGUUUUGCAUCCUAACAAACAAGAAGGAAGCCCUUCUUGUUGCCAAACUUUUUUAUCCUUUGCUUUCUGUGUUCCAGAAAACACCCUACAAAGUUAUGGGUAACGCUUUUUAUUUAGAGGAAGGAGAGUGUCACUCUGGUUCAGGUAUGUUGUACCUAUGUUUAUAGUUAGGCUAUUUGAUUUCCUAAAGCACACUAUUUCUGUUUUAUUUCUUUAUAUUGGGCUUUAGAAUGCUAUUUUAAAAUGGACUAAGUAAUGAUCUGAAAAGCUGGUCUGAAGUGGGGGAAAAAACUAACUUAUUUCUUACUCUUAGUUUGAGACAGAUGGCUUGAUUUCUGAGUCUCGUGUCAAAUAAUGGUGUACUCCUGUGCCCCUUCGUCUUUAUUCUCAUUUAAGAAUAAUCGUCAUGUGCCAUUGCAAGCCAGUCAGUCUUUGUGAGAUCUGUGCACCCAACUUCUUUGCAAUUUCUAGUCUCCCUCUCCCCAAAUCUAAGUAGUUAGAGAAAAAGAGUUACUGAUUUUCUGUGCCAGUCAGCAACCUUUCUAGUCAGAUUUAAAAAAUGUUUUCCAUUAGAGCUUUACAGUUGCAAAAGUGCAUAGUACACAAUUUCUAGUUUCAUAAACAUGGCAACAUGCACUUUGUUAAGUAGGUUUCAGUUUGUUAAUGGGGAGCUUUUUUUUUUUAAAUCAGUAUGUUUUAGGAGAAUCUGGCUACAACCUAGUGCCAUCUCUCUCUUUUUUGGACACAUCUGCAAUUAUUAGUUGCUUCACAGUACAGAACAGGAUACAAAGUAGGAGAAAAAACUGCAUUUUAAUUACAGGUUUAAAAAUAGACUUUAGAACUAAAUGGUUGAUUAUAAGAUUUACAUGGAAUGGCAAAGAAGGAAAAUUAUAUUUUUAAAGAAAAAGAGAAUAUUCAGGCUUUAUUUCUGGUAUGAAGUUUAUAUUUUUAAAAAAAAAUCCUAUAUUAUCACGCCAGAGAUUUUAGAUUCUUUUCUGGUUACAAACAUUGCUGGUAGUUGGAUUAUAUUUUUUAUUGUAUUCAUUUCUCUUAGGGGGAAAAUUGUAAAGAAAAGGGUCCAGAUGAAAUGUAUCCUAGAAAUAAAAGUUGAAAGAUUUUUA